GACCUGCGGAGGGGGCGGGCCGAGAAGGAGCAUGGAGAGGGCGGCUGCUGUAUUAGUGGCAGACUUAUUAGCCUUUCUGUGAACCGAGAGCGACAGUCCCCCUGCUCUUCUUCCGUGGCUGCUUCCAGCCUGAGUGACGGUGCCAGAGACCAGCACAGCUGCCGGCAAAGCUGCCGCUGCUUCUCCACACACUACGGUACAGGCGGAUCAGACUCGUGGCUGGUGGCUGGACCCCUUUGGCGAAAGCGGGAGCCGGUGAGAGUUGGGAGAGGAACAAUGAGGGGAAACCCAGCAGAGGAUUUAUGGGUGGUGCCAGAUGAAAUAAAAGGGAGCACAGACUAAAAACUGGAGCCAAACAGAAGAAGAGAAGAACAAAAAAUAAUGCAGAAAGUAAAAGAAAGGAGCCAGUGCCGUCUGCAUAGCAAAAGCUCGACUUCUGAACCAAGCUUUGAACCAGAGUGGGAAAUGAAAGCAGGUGAGAAAUUAUAUGAAUAUUUGGACUGUGGGAAGUUCUUCAGCAAGAGAGGCGAUCUUAUUAUACACCAUAGAACCCACACUGGGGAGAAGCCACAUAAAUGCUUGGGUUGUGGAAAUAGCUUUAGCAUUAGUAUACAUCUAACUAGGCAUCUUAGAACCCACACUGGGGAGAAAACUCAUAAAUGUUUGGAGUGUGGAAAGAGCUUCAGCCGGAGAGGAAACCUUAUUACACACAACACAACCCACACUGGGCAGAAACCACAUAAAUGCUUGGAGUGUGGAAAGAGCUUCAGCAUGAGAGGAAAUCUUAUUACACACCACAAAACCCACACUGGGGAGAAAGCACAUAAAUGCCUGGAGUGUGGGAAGAGUUUCCGCCAGAGAGAAGAUCUUAUUACGCACCACAAAACCCACACUGGGGAGAAACCAUAUAAAUGCUUUGAGUGUGGAAAGAAUUUCAGCAUGAGCGGAGAUCUUAAUAAACAUCAUAGAAUCCACACUGGGGAGAAGCCACAUCAAUGUUUGGAUUGUGGAAAGAGCUUCCGGAGGAGUGGACAACUUACUACACACCACAAAACCCACACUGCCGAGAAACCACAUAAAUGCUUGGGGUGUGGAAAGAGCUUCAGCCAGAGAGGACAUCUUAUUGCACACCACAAAACCCACACUGGGGAGAAACCACACAAAUGCUUGGAGUGUGAAAAGAGCUUCAGCCAGAGAGGACAUCUUAUUACACACCACAAAACCCACACUGGGGAGAAGCCACAUCAAUGUUUGGACUGUAGAAAGAGCUUCCGGAGGAGUGGACAACUUACUACACACCACAAAACCCACACUGGGGAGAAGCCACAUAAAUGCUUGGAGUGUGGAAAGAGCUUCAGACAGAGAGGACAUCUUACUACACACCUCAAAACUCACACCGGGGAGAAACCACAUAAAUGCUUGGAGUGUGGAAAGAGCUUCAGCCAGAGAGGACAUCUUAUUACACACCACAAAACCCACACUGGGGAGAAACCACAUAAAUGCUUGGAGUGUGGAAAGUGCUUCAGCCGGAGAGGACAUCUUAUUACACACCACAAAACGCACACUGGGGAGAAGCCACAUCAAUGUUUGGAUUGUGGAAAGAGCUUCAGCCGGAGAGGACAUCUUACUACACACCUCAAAACUCACACUGGGGAGAAACCACAUAAAUGCUUGGAGUGUGGAAAGACCUUCAGCGAGAGAGGAAAUCUUACUGCACACCACAAAACCCACACUGGGGAGAAACCAUAUAAAUGCUUUGAGUGUGGAAAGAGCUUCAGCAUGAGUGGAGUUCUUAAUAAACAUCAUAGAAUCCACACUGGGGAGAAACCACACAAAUGCUUGGAGUGUGGAAAGAGUUUCUGCCAGAGAGGAAAUCUUACUACUCACCACAAAACCCACACUGGGGAGAAAUCACAUAAAUGCUUGGAGUGUGGAAAGAGCUUCAGCCGGAGAGGAACUCUUAUUAGACACUAUAAAACCCACACUGGGGAGAUACCUCACAGAUGCUGAGAUUAUGGAAAGAGCUUCAGCAGGAUUGCACAACUUACUGGACACCUUAGAGCCCACACCGUGGAGAAACUACACAAAUGUUUAGAGUGUGGAAAGAGCUUCAGGAACAGGGGAGCCCUUACUCCACACUUUCUAGUGCAAGCGGACAUAUGAAAACAUGUGAGAAACCUUUCAGACGUAUGCACUAAGUUAUUUUUCAGUGUUUCUCAUUUCUUAUGACUGGAAGCUUCCUUAUUUUAUUUGUUUGUCUGUUUGUUGAACACAUUUGCUUAUUUUAUUUAUUUAUUUAUUUAUUUAUUUAUUUAUUUAUUUAUUUCACACAUUUGUAUACUGCCCAAAAUGCAGUAUUGGGAAGGCCGCAACAAAACAAUAAAAACAACAGAUUAAAAGA